AUGAAGAUAUUGAAAACUGAUCCUAAACAGAGAAAGAAGGCUUUAUAUAGCUGUGAUAGGUGUAAAACAAAGAAAAGAAAAUGUGUACGUGAAGUUAUAAAUGAGGACGGUUCUUCCGCUAUCACUUUAGAUAUGGCCUAUACUUGUACUGAAUGCUUAAGAACCAAAAGUUUAUGCCAUACUACAUUGGGUAAAAGAAAACAAAGUACCGUUGUUUAUGAGAGAGCUCCGUUACCAGUUGAUAAACCUCAAGUUAAAGAUGAUACCACUUCCAUUGAAAAAUAUGAAGUAUUGUUAAAUAUUGUACAAAAGAUAUUUCCAAAUUUGAAAAGUGGUAGUUUACGAGAUCUACAAUCAGUUGCUGAAACAGUAGGAGCUUAUACUCCAGAACCAAGUGAUGAAGAUGUAUCUAUCAAGACGGAAAGUAUGGUAGAACCAUUUAAAUUCCAAGGUGAUUUUGCUUCUCCCAACAUACAUAGUAAUAUAAUAGAGUGUAUGAAAUUAUCUGGGUUUUCAAGAGUUUCAAUGGAAAGAAAUAUCAAAAAAGAAACCCUGUCUGAUGUUCAUAAAGCUUUUUUGAAGGAAAUGCCUUUGGUUGAAUGGAUCCCAAGAAUUCAAGCUGAUCAAUUGGUUGAGAUAUUCUUCCAAAAAAUUAAUCCAGUAUAUAAUUAUCUUGAUCAAGAAGAAUUUUUGAAAUCUUACGAAUUGUUUUGGUUAUUGAUGAAGAACAAUGAGUUUGUUUCUUCUUCAGUCUUAUUCUUAAAAACAACCGAAGUUUGUCAAGUUUAUUUAGUGAUGAUGUUAGCUCAAAGUUAUAUGUGGUUACUGCCAAAUUUUCAUAGCAAUGCUAAUAUUGUUGAUAGUAAAACUAUUACAAAGUAUUUAAUGUUGAUUAAUUCUAUCAUUCCUGAAGCGAUCUUGAAACCCUCAACUCCAGGAAUUCAAAUGCUUCUACUUUUAUCGAGUUAUUUCGAUAUCAAUAAUGCUAAGGAAAGUGCCUGUGUGUUGAUCAAAUUAGCUUCAUCACAAGCUAUAUCCUUAGGAUUAAACAAGAAAGCUACCGAUGGUAAUGAUGGUGGUGACUUUGCUGAAAAGUUGAAGAAUGGUGGUGCUACACUUUGGUGGGCUAUCUUUGCAAGUGAAGUAAGAUUGAGUAACACUAUGGGUAGACCAAGUUCAAUUCAUGUUGAUGAUGGGAAUGUUGAAAUACCUCUGGACUAUCAAAUACCCUCAUAUACAAUCCAAUCCAAAUAUAAGUACCUGGAUCAUACAUUAUACUUCAGCAAAUACAUUGAGUUACAUAAAGUUCUCCAUUCAUUUUUGAAUUUCAAAGUCAGUUUAGUGAAACAUGCUUCUGAAGGAGUUAAUAGUCCUGCUAAUAUCGAGAAAGCUACAAACUUAAAAAGAGAUUUGAACCUUUGGAAAGCUUCCUUACCUUCAUUCUUGAAAGAUCCUUAUGGAAAUAAAGGAAUCAUUUCCAAUUUGAACGUUUCAUUGCAUCUUCUUUAUUAUUAUUAUUUCAUUAAUUUGGGUACUCCAUUCUUAUUGAUCACUUUGAAGUUAGUACAAAACAACACCCCAAUACCAAAAGAAGAUGCUAUAUUUUCUUUCACUGUAUCUUCCAUAACAUGCUCAAAGCAUUUAUAUAAGAUCUUCAAAUACCAGUAUGAUAAUUCACUCCUUGAUGGAACAACUUAUUCCGGUAUUGAGGUGUUAUAUCAUGGAGUUAUGGCUAUAGCUUUAGGUAUAUUGAUAAUAUCUCACAAGAAUAGAGAUAACACACUUGACACCAAAUACCUCAGUUCUAAAUAUGGAAUCGACUUCGAUGGUUUAUGGAGUUUGUUAUGUGAUAUCAGAGAUUUGAAUAAUCAAUUGAGAAUAGGAUUCAAAUCCAUGUCAACAACAUGUUCUACGAUCGAAGAGUUGCUAGUUGACUUGGAAUCUUUUUUAAAGGACAAAAACUUAUUAAGAAGCAAUUCGAUCUUCGAAGAAGUAAAUGAUAUUGCAAGUUUUAGCACAAAUUCAAGUUCCUUGAAUACUCAUACUCCAAUUGAAGAUUUCAACAGUAUUUUGAAUAACUUCAAUUUAAGUAAUCAAGGUUUUUUUGAACACUUUGAACUCGAGUCCCCUUUUACGUUUCCUAUAUCGACAGAAUAUUAG